AGUAUGAACCGAGGCCGCUCGCGUGGCAUGUCCUGUGUCGUAACUACGAGCAUCUAGUACUAACGUCCAGAAUGUUGUACUCCUCAGUAGCGGUGUGUUUUCUGAUGGUGGGCGUUGCAUUAUGUGCGCCGGAGCGUGUAUCAAACGAGCAAGACCAUGAUGAAAGCCACGGCGCAGAUGUACACUCCGUGCCGCUGGAGAAGCGGUCGCCUCAUUACGACUUCGGACUCGGCAAGAGAGCGUACAGCUACGUAUCAGAAUAUAAGAGGCUACCCGUUUACAACUUCGGCCUUGGGAAGAGGUCUCGCCCAUAUUCUUUUGGCCUCGGCAAACGUUCUGUUGAUGAUGAUUCAACGGAGGAAUUCGGCAAUGAAGAUCAGCAAGUUCUGGCUGAAUUAUUUGACCAGUAUGAAGAUGGACCAGUUUACGAGGAGAAGCGAGCACGACCAUACAGUUUCGGACUUGGCAAAAGGUACGUCGACGAUGAGAGCGAAGAGAAACGAGCUCGGAUGUACGACUUCGGUUUGGGCAAGCGCAUGCCCCUCUACAACUUCGGACUGGGCAAGCGAGCGAGAGCGUACGACUUCGGUCUGGGCAAGCGGUUGAGCAGCAAAUUCAACUUCGGACUGGGCAAACGGCAAAGGGACAUGCACCGUUUCAAUUUCGGCCUCGGAAAGAGAUCGGAGGAAGACGUCUCUAUCGGCGAUAGCAAUGAUUAUUUUGAAGGUUAACUUAAAUACUUUAUUUUUCGUGAUUUUAAGGCAAUUUUUCUCACGUCAUGAGGAUUUGAUACCUAAUUUGGACACUCUUUACAAAUGAGGAUUGCGUGUUAUGUAAUUGUGAAUCCAUAUUAGUGAUUAUAUUCACAUGGCUAGAGAAACAACUUUAACAUAGGUACUUUGAGAUCUGUCUAACUAAUAUGGAAAUGAAGCUAUUGUUUUUUUUACUACUUUAAUAUUAAGUAAGUUAUCUGUUUCAUGUAAAAAUUAAUCGCAAUUUUCGAAGACUUUACACCUUUGUUUUGAACAUACUAUUUGGAAAUAUACUUAAGUCUUUCGAAUUUUCUUGUGAAAAUACCAGCCGAUUUUCACAGGUAAAUACCAAGGAGUUUUAAGUGAUCAUAGAUUAUUUCAAAAAAAUUUAACACAUAGUUUUCUAUUCAUUUAAAAGAUCCUCUUACAUAUUGUAAUUUUUAAUGGUUUUAUUGAAGAAGACUCCAAAAUACUAUUAUAAUUAAUAAAAGGAUUAGCAAAGCAAAAUAUUUUAUAAUAAUAUUUAAUUACAUUAUAAAUUUACGCAAUAUUUGUUGUAUCGAAAAUUUUGCCAAUUAAUGUACUAUUAACGUACUUAUAAAUUAUAAAACGCUUAUAGCGGUGAAAUUGGAGAUUAACUUAUUAAUUUUGUAAAUUAAUUGUUAAAUUUUCGUAGGUAUUUAUGGAAUAGCUAGUUGACUUUAAAUUAAAAAAAUGCAAACGAGUUACGAUUUAUUCAUUGAAAAACUAUAAAGUAUACCUCUAGUUUUAUGUUCUUUAUUUUUCGGUAUUUGUUUGUUAACAAUAGUUUUUCAUUGAUCAUAUUUAUUUUAUAAUUUGUUGCAAAGUUAUACAACAAGUUACCAAAAGAGAUAAGUUUUUUGCGAACGAUUUUUAACUUAACAGUCAACAGACUAACGCUUCAAUUCAUUCGUAGGAAUAUGACAUUUGUAUAACAUAUAUGUUAUUUAUUCAACUUCUCGAAUUGUAGAAUUCAAACAAUUGAAUGUUGUAAAAAUUCUAGUCUAUUAAUUAUGUAAAGCAAAAUUUCUUCGUAACUCGUUACACUUAAAAUCAUAAGCAUGUAAAAUAAGUUUCUUUGAUAAAUUAAAAAGAAUUGUUUCAAAUAUAACCAUUGAAUUAUACAAUUCAAAUUUAAAAUAUACAGAUAAUAGAAGUAUUGCAUCAU